AUGUCCGAUCUGUUUUGUACUUCCAAGUGCAAGGCGCUGACGUUGGCCCAGAUAAUUGAGAUGGGAAUGGACCUGACGACGUUUAGUCUAUUUAUACUUUAUUCAUAUAUUCUAGUUAAGAAACGGGUAUUCCAUCUAAAUCUAUUAUUAAUACUUAUUGCACUGCCCGGGUUUCCUACGUGUCUAUCUUUGAUGAUCAAAUGUAUCAACAAAGUAGUUAUCUCGCUUAAUGGGUUUAAUUACGGAAAUGUUUACACGCAACUCUCAAUGCCGAUCUCAGAUACAGGUCUUAGCUGUUCCUCCUACACGCUGAUGUCGCUCGCUAUCGAAAGAUUCGUCUCUACAUUCUACUUCCAACAUUAUGAAAAUUUUUGUGGAGGCUGGCCCGUAUUAGCCGGUUGCCUUCUCUUCAUUCAACUUCUCCUCGCCUAUUCAACAGUACCGCUCGCCUGGUCGGCUGUCAUCUCGAAUCUCUUCAGCGUGGGCUUGAUAAUUGCGGCCCUCUUCUCAGCCAUUAUUAUGUUCCUCGUGAUCAAUCCGCUGGUCAAGCGCCACUAUCUAAAAAGUGUCGAGAACUUCUCGGGUGUGUCUAGGAGAUAUCAAUCUACUGAAAACCUUCGCAUCGUGCGGGUGUGCGGUACAAUGCUUAUCGUCUUACUCCGGCAUCCUGUUUUGAAGCAAGAAUUUUUGCGCAUAACCAGGCUCGAGGGAAGGAGACGAAGAGGCGGAUCCCCGAAGGUCAAAAACAAUAUACAAAUCUUUAACGUGGAUGGGCUACAACUGAAUUAUUCUACGAAAGAAGAAAAGGAAAUGUAUUUCCGGAUGCUCCAAAACACGUGGAAUAAAGAUUUC